AUGGCGCCUCCAGAAUCCGCCAAUCUGCUGGUGGCCCUGCCCCCCUUCAAACCCGACCUAUACCAGCGCGCCUGGCAAUCGAUACCGCAUCCAACCCUUCCCCUCCUAGCCACUGCGCACCAGAAGUCCGUUACCGUCUUUUCACUCUCAACCCUUUCCGCCCACAGCGCUCUAACCAACGGCCACGAUCGCUCCGUGCGUUCUACAACCUGGAAGCCUAACCUGUCGCCUCACAAGCUAUGUUUGGUGACCGGAAGCUUCGAUUCCACAGCAGGAUUGUGGCGCUGGAACGACGAGGCGAAGGGCGAAUUGGAGGUCGAUGUUACAGAGGAAGAUAGUGAUGAUGACAAGAAGGAGAAAGAAUGGGACUUGAUUGUUAUCCUAGACGGCCAGGACUCAGAAGUCAAAUCUGUCUCGUUUUCACCCACGGGACAGUUUCUCGCGACGUGUAGCCGGGACAAAUCUGUCUGGAUAUGGGAGGACGUGGGCACGAACGAGGAAGACGACGAGUGGGAAACAGUUGCCGUUCUUAGCGAGCACGAAGGCGAUGUCAAAGCUGUAGCCUGGUGUCCGGAGACCAAUAGAAGUGGGCGCGGGCGUCCGUAUAUGGCGGGAGGAAUCCGAGCGGAGUGGGUGUGUGUUGCGGUGCUCGAGGGCCACGAGGGAACUGUCUGGGGUGUCCAGUGGGAGCCGAAGCCGAGAGGGGAGAAGUUCCCGCGGAUUCUAACGUGGAGCGCUGAUCGCACGUUGAGGAUAUGGACGCUCAAGGAGGAGGAAGAGGAAGAAGAGGCGCCACAGCAUGCGUGGGGAAGUCUAGGAGGAAUACCGAAUACCAUGCGAAGGGCAUUGAAGGAGGAGUGGGAAUGUACUGCAGUGCUCCCUACGGCGCAUACACGAGAUAUAUACUCCGCAUCAUGGAGCCCUGAAUCCGGUAUGGUUGCGAGCACAGGUAGCGAUGGCAUUAUUGCCGUUUACCGCGAGGAGGAAGAUAUAGCCACGAACGGGGUCCAGGCUACGGAUGACGAGGCGGCUGCUGAGUUAGAUGGGGAUGUCCAUAUGACGAACGGCCAUACGCAAAACAACAAGCCCCAGGAAUCCCGAAAAUGGAAGCUCAUAUCGACGACCCCUAACGCUCACGGCGCAUACGAGGUCAACCACAUCACCUGGUGUAAGCGCUACGAUCAAGGAUGCGCACCCGAGAAAAGAGGGAUCGAAGAGAUGUUAGUUUCGACUGGAGACGACGGCAUCGUUCGACCGUGGCAGAUAUUGUAA